AUGUCUCUCAAGUUUUUAAAUUUAAAAUCAUUUCAUCCUGGAAAUAAACAAAAUCAAAAGAAAUUAUUUUUAGCAGAAGAAAAAGAAAAAGAGUCAAAGAGAAAAGAGGAAGAAAGGGCAAAAGAGGUACUAGUAGAACAGGAGUUUAUAAAAAAUAGAGCACUUUUAUCUGGUUCAAAAUUAGAAGCUGAAAGAUCUAAAGUUGGAUUCCUAUACUCACUACCAGCAUGUAUAAAAGAAAAUGAACUAAAACAACAACGACAACAACAGCAACAAGAAAAAGAAAAAGAACAAGAACAAAAGAACGAUAAAAAUUUAAAAGAUUUUGAAAAGUUCCCAAUUUUAGCAAAUGCACCAGUGGCAGGUUUGGUUUCUAAUGAUGUCAAAUUAGUACACAAACCAUUUGGAAUAGAAUUAAGAAAUGUAAAAUGUGCGAGAUGCCAUAACUGGGGCCAUAAAUCUGGUGAUAGAGAAUGCCCACUAUUAAAUAUAAAUCCAAAUGAAUCAAAAAGAUUACAAUCUGAAGAUCCAUUAGCAAAUUAUAAUAGUAACAAUAACAAUAAUAAUAGUAGUACCAAUAAUAAUCCUGAAUACAAACAAAAAUUUAGGCUAAAUUCAAAUGCUCUUAGUCCAAAGAAUUAUGGUGGUUCAAAUAAAAACUAUUCAAUCGAGGAUAUGGUGGAUAUGAUGGAUAAGAAUAGUCAUAGCAAUGAUAAUGAUGACGAUGAUAAUGACGAUGAUGAAAUAGAAAGAGAGUUUUUAGCCAGCUUAACCAAAAAACAAAGAAAACUACUAUUAAAACAGAUUAAAUUAGAAGAAAAGCAAGCAAAAAAGAAAAAAAGAGAAAGAGAAAGAGAAAGAGAAAGAGAAAGAGAAAGAGAUAAAUAUAAAAGUAGUAAUAGUAGUAAAAGUCGCCAUUAUUCAUCAGAUUCCGAUAGUGACAAAGAAAGGGAUCGUAAGAAAAGACAUAAAAGCUCCUCUUCCUCAGAAAGAUCAAAAAAGAAAAGUAAAUCACACGGUGAUGAUCAAUACGAAGAAAGAGUUGUAGAUAAUAUUUAA